AAGUGGCUGUGUCUUGUUGUGUUGUGGAAGAAGAGACUGUUGUUUUACUUUAUAUUUCAUCACUUUAUGGCCACUCGGGAGCAAAGCGACCAGCUCAGAAGACUAACACGAGGAUUGGCCUGAUAUAUGGGACAAAACAGUUCACAGGGCUCCAGCAUGACCCAGGUCAGUGUUAUUGUGGUGGGGGCUGGUUCCCGAGGUGACAACUACUCCAACUUUGCUACUAUUCACCCUGAUCGCACAAAGGUUGUGGGGGUAGCAGACCCAAGAAAGUUUGCCCGCACAAAACUUCAACAAAAACACAACAUUAAAAGCGAAAAUGUGUUUGAAGAUUGGGAAAGUAUGGCUGCAAGGGAGAAGUUUGCAGAUGCUGCUUUGAUUUGCACUCCUGACCGACUUCACAAGGAUCCUGCAGUGGCCUUUGCAAAGAAGGGUUACCAUAUUCUACUGGAAAAACCAAUGGCUACGACUCCUGAAGACUGCACAGCGAUCGUGGAGGCUGUCACUAAGAGCGGAGUGAUGCUGUCUGUGGGCCACGUUCUGCGCUAUGACCCCAGCAUCCACAAGAUCAAGGAGCUCAUUGAGGAAGGAGCCAUUGGGGAUGUGGUCCAUAUUCAGCACCUGGAACCGGUUGGCUUUUAUCACUUUGCACAUUCGUUUGUUCGUGGAAACUGGAGAAAUGAGGCUGAAAGCUCAUUCGCACUUAUGGCCAAAUCGUGUCACGACAUCGACCUCAUACAUCACUGGGCCGGGACACGGAGGUGUGUCAAGGUGUCGUCAUUUGGAGCUGUUAGUCAUUUCAAGAAGGCAGACAAGCCAGCAGGUGCCGGAGACCGCUGCCUUGACUGUCCCAUAGAGCGAGACUGUCCAUAUUCUGCAUCUAAAAUCUAUCUGGACAGAGUAAAACAGGGUCACACUGGCUGGCCUGUGUCAGUUAUUUGCCCAAACUCGUAUCCCGACAUCGAGUCUGUGACAGAGGCUCUGAGGAGCGGACCGUACGGGCGCUGUGUUUACGAAUGUGACAACGAUGUGUGCAGUAACCAGGUUGUGAACAUGGAGUUUGAAGGCGGAGUGACAGCAGCUUUUUCCAUGGUGGCUUUUACAGAGAAGCUUUGCCAAAGACAGACGACCAUCUACGGCACCAAGGGAGAACUCUCUUAUGACGCUAAUGGAGUGUGAGUGUUUGACUUCCUGACCCAGAAAUCAACAAAACACAACCCACACAACGACGCUCCGAAGCACUUUGGGAUGAACGGACACGGAGGAGCGGACUACCACCUCAUGAACGCAUUCAUCUCUGCUGUAGCUAACAACGAUCCGUCCUUUAUCCGCUCCGGUCCAGAGGAGACGCUGCACAGUCAUCUGCUGGUGUUUGAAGCUGAGCGAUCCAGGGUCCAGGGAAGAGUGGUCUACUGUGGUGAAAACGACGGGAAAGAAAGUUAAUAUUUGCAUUUUAAAGGGGCACUAUGUAACUUUUCUGUGGUUCGUUAUAAUCUGGACACUAUGGAGAUGUUAUUGCUAUAGCUUUUUGCUUAUUUAGUUACAAGUUAAUGCAAAGAAAAGCAUGUGAUCAGCUGUGCAAUAGACAAAAUUAUUAAGUAUCAGCUUUAUUUUUUUACAAUUAUUCUAUGUUUUUUGUCUGUAAAACCCCUCACCACACACUUUAUACACUUUUCUCACACACGCAUAAACAUUUUCUCACAUUUCUCUCAUUUAAACACUCUCAAAGUUCAAACCUUCGUAGGCGCCUUUGAACGUUUCAUCGACAUUGUGGGUUU